AUGAUUCCAGUCUAUCUUUUUGUCGGCCUGUUUGCGCUGCUGGCCAACUGUGCUCCUCCAGCAAUACUCUUUCGAGCCGACAAGCGGACUCCAACAGAGAUCGCAAAUGCAGGAGGUUUCAUUUCGAAAGCCCUUACAAACGGCUACAGUGAAAAUGACUGGUGCACACUAGCAGAGCACCAGUCAGAAGUCACGGCCAACGACCCAUAUAUCAGCACCUCGGUCAACCAGGCAGCAUCUUUGAGAUUCCUCAGCUUGCCCCCCAAAAUACACAGUGGCUAUCUCUAUCGUAUCGACACUCAGAUAGCUCAAGCGGCAGGCGUGGUGUUUUACGACUGUAAAGUAACUGGCGCGCACCAGAGUGAGCAGGAAUUUGCUGCCUUUAAAAAGAUUCCUCUCGAAGCCAUCUGCCUUUACGUCGAGUUUAAAAACCAGGAGCCGCUGAACAAGCCCAGGCCGAUUCCCCCGUGCAAGCCUGCGAAUCUGAAAGGCAAUGCGUGCAGUUUAGGUAAGAGAGGCCUGCAAAGGAGGAACUGCGGCGGCACCGACGGGGCACCCUCGAACAGAGCCCAGCAGAGGAAGCCUGAUGCGGAGCGGAAGAAGACGGACCCAAAGGCGGCGACGCAGGCAAAGGCCCAGGUGGCCCCCAAGGCCAAGACGGCGGCGUUGGCCCCGGCCCAGGAUCAGGGCCAGGGUCGAGUUCAGGGUCAGUCGGCCUCGACGCAGAAGACCCCUGCUCAGAAACAAGGCGCUCAAAAGAAGGGGCAGCAAGACGCCCAGUUGAGGCAGGUGAAGGCGUCCAGGUCGUCGGCCACUCUCGGCGCCACCACCACCAACAAGAAUAAUGGAAAGGGCCCCAGGUAG